AUGGUCAACCCGCGCCACGCUCGACGGCACAACCCCGCCGGUCCCCAUGACGUCGUGGUCGCCGACCGUAGCAGCCGCAGCAGCCGCGAGUGGGAAAUGCCCAGCUUCUUCCAGUUCACACAGGGCACCGAAUCCCGCGCUCGCUUCAAUCCCGACAGCUCGCCUCUACUAGGGCGGUUCCGCGCCGUCCCUCCGCGCCCCGGUCUCGGCAGGAACAGAUCCACGGGAAACCAGCCGGGACCGUUCUCCUCCCUCCGAGGGAGCGUGCACGUCGGAUAUGGGUCGAUAUUGGCGGCGGCUGGACUUGGGGUUGGGGAUGACUCGGAUUCGGACUCGGACUUUGAGGAUGAGCUCGCCGCCUUGGAGGGCGUAGGCCCAGUGAGGCGAUUGUGGAGGAGGAAUGUGAGGAAGGUGUUUGAUCUCUGGGUCGAGCCGAAGCAGACGGCUGUGAAGAGGGUUGUGGAUCAUUGGUGGGGCCGAUACGGAGCCUUGGUCGUGAUGCCCGCGAUUUUGGCCGUGACUUGGUGUGCCAUGCCCUUUCCGCAAUACAACCUGGACGAUGAUAACGGUCGGCCUACUGAUCCCGGGUCGGGAAGUAAGAUCCCUGGUCACGGUGCUGCUCGGGUCCGAGUGAACUUCUGGUUCUUCCUUUUCUUCUUUUAUGGCUUCUACAAUCUUACGGCGUUGAUGUGGAUUACCAAGGUUUUCAACCUCUAUAGCUUGAACUGGUGGCCUCAAUCGUUGGGAUUCCCUCUGACAGUAUGCCUCAUUGCCAUCGUCUCCAUAGCCGUCCCCAUACCUAUAUACCUCAGCCCAGAGACGAGAUUCCUGACUAUCCACAAUACUGCUUGGAUAUCAUGGACGUUCAUUAUUAUGGCGAUGCCCGUGGCUAUCGCCUGCAUUAUUCUCCUCAUCAACGAACGACAUCUGCGCCUGCGCUACACCCUUUCUGAAACACAGCGUAUCUUCACUACAUCAUGGUGGACGGGUGAGGAAGACACCAUAUCCAGAAGGGACAGGAGGAGGCCUCAACUGCAACCAGACUCCUUCGACCCAGACUUGCUCCAUGUCACAGAGCAGCCGACCCAUCGCCGCAGGGUGCCGACGAUAGAUCGCCGAUGGUUACCAGCAAGUUUCGUGCGCUUCGUCUGGUUCUGCCUCGCUCUGUUCGUUGGUCUCAUGGCGUAUGUAAUUGGAGAGGCGUAUGCCGAGAUCUACCUCCGGACGCUGCCGCAUGACAACUGGGAGACCGUUGUAUAUGUCUACAGUUGGGUUGCGACAAUCCAUAUCCUAGAUGGGUUAACUGGGUGGAUUUUAGGUGUGCGUGAGGGCGAGCGAGUUGGAAGUUAUCCCUUGAGCUGGGCGUUUAAACUAUACUUCAUGUUGACGUACCAAACAUACGUCCGAGCUCUGUAUGCCCGCCUCCGCUCACCAGCCCAGUUCAUAACUCUCCAAGCCCUCUCAAGCGCCGGUCUUAUCAUUUUCUACCCCACCCUCAUGUCCCCCAUCUUCCACCGCAUCCUCACCAUCCUCGGCGUCAGCACACUUUCCUACUCCUCCUACCAGAAGCUCUGCGUCCGCAACAUCUUCAUCCGCUUCAUUGCCGAGAACGUCUCCAUGGCCACCUUCCUCGGCUCCGUCCUCGUCCUCCACUUCGGCGUGAACAAAGACGUCUACCCUUACUUCGCCUUCGACGACCCCAACGAGCCCUACGACUUCAACCUCACCUUUUACGCCUCGUCGGUGACGUGGGCGUGCGAGCUCGCCGCGGCGCUCUGCGUGAGGAUCGUCAUCCGGUGGUUCUUCAAACUUGACGUCGAUCUGGAAGGAAAGCUGGAUUUGGCCGUGUGGCCGGAGUUGUUGCCGACGAGCGCGGCUGUUAUUUUGCAUGUGUUGCAGAAUAUGCUCUUUUCUAUCAUUCGUCUGCAGUUCCGCUGA